UUAUAUAAAGCCUACAUAAUCCAACUUCUUGCAAGUUCAAUGAGGAAUGAUGUUGAGGAGAAUUUACGAUAGCGUGGAUCUCCAACGUAGGAUGAGAUUCAGAAUGGCUGCAGUAAGUGUCAAGGUAAACCCUAUCGGGAUUGUCCUGAUUCUAGUCUUGUUUGGCAGUGUUGUCUUCUACUUAUUAGGUGGAAUAGAUAUAUUUAAAAGGCGGGAAACUAUUAGCAUGAGAGAACUAUUGUCAGUCAGCAUUGAACUUGCAAAAAGAGGCGGUGAAAGAGUGAGGGAAAUCAGAAAUGAUGACAACUUGGCAGAAAAAGUCAAGGGAAAAACUCAACAGGGUAAAAAUGAGUAUGUCACAAGUGGUGAUAUGGAAUCACAUCGAGCUAUAUACUAUGGAUACUUCAAAUCCUUUCCAGGCAUAAAUGUUGUCUCUGAAGAGCAUGAACAUGAACCAGCUGACUUUAAAUCAAUUCCAACAGUCAGUAAACGUCUUGCUGAGGUACUGGAUAGGACAAAUUCUGAUAGCCAAGUAGCCCUAGAUGAUGUCACAGUCUGGAUGGACCCCUUAGAUGCAACACAAGAAUACACAGAAAAGCUUACAGAGUAUGUUACUGUGAUGACAUGUGUAGCAUUGAGGGGACGUCCUGUCAUGGGGAUCAUACACAAACCCUUCGCUCAGAAAGGGGAGGGAGAAACAAUAUGGGCAUGGGAAGGCUAUGGCCACUCCAAGAAUCUUAUAGUGCCAGAAGACCAGGAUAAAGAGAAAGAGGGGAACGAAUACAAGAUUAUAGUCUCUAGGUCACAUGCUGGUGAAGUGGAAAGUAUUGCAAAGAAAACAUUUGGUGAGAAAACCAAAGUUGUCCCAGCAGGUGGAGCAGGGUUUAAAUCUAUAGAAGUUGCCCUGGGUAACGUUGAUGCCUAUGUUCAUACAACACUCAUUAAGAAAUGGGAUAUAUGUGCAGGAAAUGCAAUAUUAAAUGCCAUAAAAGGCAAAAUGACAACACUGGAUGGUAGCUAUAUAGACUAUUCAGAUGGUAACAAGCCUAAAUGUGAAGGGGGACUUUUAGCUACAAUAUCUGAGAAAAGACAUGGGGACUAUGUUGAGAAAUUAAAGCCUAUGGCGGAAGAAGUAAAAGAAAAAAUUAGUCAUCCAAAAAAUUUGAGAAGGCUUCCAGAACUUGGACCUCGUUCUUCCAGAAAAAGGAAGGAACGUAGUGGUUGAUGUAUGGAGGAUGCGUUUGGAGGAUGAUUAUCAUUAGGAAGAAGUUCUUUGACUUAAAAUGGAAAAUGUUGCAAAUGGCACCAAAUGAUAGUACAUACAUAUUAAGUAUAUAUUAAGUACAGUAUUACAGCUCACAUAUUAAAUAUACCAGUACAUUUAA